GCCGGAGCUCAUUUAGUCUUGUAUUGAUCGUCGAACUACCGACUGUGGUCGUGAUUGCGCGCGAAUUCAACCAUUCUUUGUGUUGGGUCCAGUUGUUCUCCUCUGCGCUGAAACCUACUGAGAUCCCUCCGAUUUUGUGAUGUGCUGAAAACCGGAAAUCAUUUCCCAAAUCGAAUACCAAAAUACAGUGAGAAAUUGGAACAUUUCUGAAGCGAAGAGAGCUAAGCGAUCGACCAUGCCUUCCGCCGGCAAGGAUAAUAUGAUGGGUCCUUGGGGCCGCAGCGAAAGCAGCGGAAGCAUGUUUCUGUCCAACAACAACAAUGCGGAUAAUCUGGUGAAGUUGUUCUCGCGAACUGCUCCGACCAGUCCGCGCUGGACUCCGGUAGCUUCCCGGCACAAUUCACCGCCGAUGCCGAGUUCCCCGCUGUCGUCAUCGCCACCGUCGACUCUACGCAGGAACUAUUCCAGCACCUUUAUGCUGAUCCCGGAAGACCGUGCCGUGGAUCAGGUUUCGGUGACCGAAUCAGCAGCAUCGGCACCGCACCAGGAUGAUCCUGCUUCCAAGUACCGCAUAUCCAACGGUCGGAUUAUACUCCGCUUGGUCCUGUGGUGGCCGCUGCUGAUGAUUGCCAUCGCUCAACGGAUUCUCGGAGUACUGAUGCAACUGUCCUGGCGUCCGUUUCUGAUGGCAGCUCCUGCCUUUUGGCUGUCGGCCUGUCUUUGGAUGUUCUGGAAGGUGAUCGCCUUGCCCCUGGCUUGCCUAAAAUGGGUUCUGGUUGCUAUGCAUACCCCGGCCCACGAGCGCAACCGCAAGAAGCGAACCAUCCUGAUCAGCUGCGGAAGUACCAUCCAGUCGCUACAUUUGGCACGGAAUUUCUACAAAUCCGGAGCACGGGUUGUCGUGUUCGAAUUCGAAGGACUGUUCGCGCUGGCUAGGUUUUCCACUGCCGUGAGCAAAUUCUACACGAUCCAACGGCCGACUCCGGAAACGUCCAACGAAUACAUUGCGGCUCUGUGCGAAAUCGUCGAAAAGGAACAGCCUACCCACUACAUUCCGGUAUGUGCAACAAGUGCCGCUCACUACGAUGCCCUGGCGAAACCGCAUCUGGAACUGCGAGGUUGCUCCAGUUUCAUUCCCGGAGCGCAGGAAACCUCAGUGCUGGACGACAUCCUUCAGGUGAUGAAGAAAUGCGAGUUGAACCAGAUUGCCUUACCUCCGCAUCAGGUAAUCAACUGCAAGGAAGAUUUGAACCGGCUGUACGAGAAUGGGUGGCUUUCCGGAUAUCGCAACGUGAUGGUUUCUUCCGGAUUGCUGGGAAUUUUGGAACGCACCAAGUACAUUCUACCGAUGAAUCGUCGUGAUCUUAAGCUAAACUACGAGAUCAGUGAGAUGCAGAAGUGGGUGGUGAUCAGGGACGUGAUCGGAGCACAGUACGUAACCUGCACUACGGUUAAGGAUUCCCAAGUGGUGGCGAACGUGACCUGCAUCAUUCAGAACGAUACGCGGAGCUUGGUACCGGAGGAAAACGUCGAGAUAGAGACCUGGUUGAGAGAGUUCUUUCGGAAGAUCCGGCUCCAGCGCCCACUGAAUGGUCACAUCAGCUUUCGCCUGGCCAAGUGUCAAUCCAGUGGUGAGGUCGUUCCGCUGGGCAUACGAGUCGGAGUGUCGCUUCCCUACAUCUGCUACACGGGUGUCCACUCGAAGGUCAUCUGCAAGCCGUGUCCACACUUCAAGCGGCAAAACUCCGGACCACUGGUGCAGGACGGAGGACGCUAUUGGAUCCACGAAACCGUCAUGAAGGCGAUUCGUCGGCCCAGCGUGGAUGCCGUCCAGCAGCUGAUCGGGACCGUCAUCGACAAGCGGGAAGCCCUGUUCGUAUACUGGGAUCCGCUGCCGUACUGUGCCUACUACCACUUCCAGCUGCCGUUCAACUCGGUCAAAACGUUCCUGCACAAACGGCAGCGAACACGAACGAUGCCACGUGCCGCUGCGCCGGUGCAAUAGGCCACGAGCCGGACGAAUGAUCCCGCGCAGUUCCACGCGUGUUAUCAGUGUCGAUUCGUUGAGUUGUUUUAAGAAUAUUUCUUCCAAUACUCGAUUAUGGUUUUAUAAUAUUAUUUUCUGAACGGAGAGAGAAGCAAUAGACUUGCGAUGAUAAGUGAUGUUUUGAUGAGUGAGCGAAUGAGUGGGACUUAGACUUAGGAUCCGGAUUCUAGUUUUUAGUGCGGUGUAGAAAUCUACUUAUAUGCAUUAAGCAGGCUUUGACAUGAGGAAUUUUUGGCUCUGUUGCUGGGCAACGGAUGGUUCGAAAAAAAAUGGUUGAUACAAACGUAAGAGAUUUAGCAAUGUAAGGGUCUAACCAAAAAUGUACAUAAUUUAUAAUGGCAAGUACAAAUUAAAUAAAGAAUGUUUUUUUUUCAAUCAAA